AUGACGCAGGCCGAGAAUCGGAACGCGGACUGGUUGACGAAGGAAGACUACAAGAAGUUUGGCUACCCCGAGUCCGACCCCAGGUUCGAGAGUGAGGAGUGGAACGCCGAGCAGAUCUGGCUCGACAGCGUCGACCCGCGCCACAACCCAAACCUGUUGACCGACCCCAGCGACCCGGAGUAUUGGUAUGCCGCCGCGAGGAAGCCCCUGCAGAAGGCCGCGCUGCGGACCGAGCAGCACUGGCACGGCCGCAGGAGGGCGUGGACGAGGCAGUGCGAGGCCGUGGAGUGCCAGAACAAGCGGCGAGAGGAUACCUCAUCCACAAGUUGCCGGGGGGGUUUUGUUUGGCGUCCACCACGGUUCGACCGACCGCUGAUACAACCAGGCCUCACACCGCUGUAG